GAGAGGUGGUCUUUGUAUGACUGAGCUGAACAAGCUCCUGGAUCUGCAGAUCCAGCAGACAGCACGCACUUCUGCAGCAGCCAGGACCUCAACAGACUGAAAACUCCUCAAGAGGCGCAAGAGAAACUGCAGCAACAUAACACCGGCGUUUGGUGUUGUGUGUAGACUUUUCUACAUACUCUUCAGUCCCGUUUCAGAGCCUCAUGUCUCUGCCGUUAACUCGAGAUUCACCUUAAGGUUUCGAGAACAAAAACAUACCCUAAAAAAGUCUGCCCAGAGUAAAAGUAUUGGUUGUGAAAUGGGCUCCAGGUUGUUGUGGCUGACUUUUGCGCUGACAGCGGCUCUUUCUGCUGGGGAAGACGCAGGGACCGCAGGGGCCACAAAGGAAGAAGACAUCCCGGAGGGCGCAUCCACCCUGGCGUUCGUCUUUGAUGUGACCGGCUCCAUGUACGACGACCUGGUCCAGGUCAUCGAAGGCGCGUCCAAGAUCCUGGAAACAUCGCUGAGCAGACCCAAGACACCACUCUACAACUUCGCCCUGGUGCCUUUCCAUGACCCAGAGAUUGGACCUGUAACAAUCACGACAGACCCAAAGAAGUUCCAGUAUGAGCUGAGAGAGCUGUACGUUCAGGGAGGUGGGGACUGCCCAGAGAUGAGUAUUGGUGCCAUUAAGAUUGCUUUGGAGAUCUCCUUGCCGGGUUCCUACAUUUACGUCUUCACAGAUGCCCGAUCUAAAGACUACAAGCUGACCCAUGAAGUCCUGCAGCUCAUUCAGCAGAAACAAUCACAGGUGGUGUUUGUGUUGACCGGGGACUGUGAUGAUAGGACACAUGUCGGAUACAAGGCUUAUGAGGAGAUUGCCUCCACCAGCUCUGGACAGGUCUUCCAUCUUGACAAGAAACAGGUCAACGAGGUCCUCAAAUGGGUGGAGGAAGCCGUGCAGUCGUCCAAGGUCCACCUGCUGUCCACUGAUCACUCUACCGGGGUCAGCAACACUUGGCAGAUGCCCUUUGACCCCAGCCUCAAGCAAAUCACUGUGGCUCUCAGUGGCCCAGCACCUAAUAUUGAGAUUAAAAAUCCACAAGGGAAGAUUGUGGAGGUGGGUGACAGCCUGACCGAGCUCCUGCACAUCCCCAACUCUGCCAAAGUUGUCAACAUCAAGGACCCACAGCCUGGGAUGUGGUCUAUCAAGACCUCUAGUGAUGGAAGACAUUCUGUUCGUAUCUCUGGCCUCAGCACCAUUGACUUCCGAGCCGGGUUUUCCAGAAAACCCACGUUGGACAUAAAAAAGACCUCUAGUCGGCCAGUUCAAGGUAUUCCCACCCAUAUCCUUAUCAACACCACUGGACUUUCCCCUCCUGCGCGGCCUGACAGGCUGGAGCUCCUCUCAACCACGGGCAACGUGAUCAAAACUCUGCCAAUCCGCUACUACCCUGAACGGCAGCCAUACGGCCUGUGGAACAUUACAGAGUUUAUUCCACCCAAUGAGGCCUUCUUCCUGCGAGUGACAGGAUAUGACCAGGAUGGUUAUCUGCUCCAACGAGUCUCAAGUGUGUCUUUCUCCAGUAUUAUACCAGGUGCUCCAAAGGUGCAGAUGCCAGCCACAUCUCAUGGUUACUACCUGCAGAGAGGAGUUGUUAACUGUCAGGUAGAGAGCCUGAUCCCCUUCACCCUGCGCUUCACCAGGGAUGGAAGACGUCUUGGUGUGGACCAACUUUUCAGUGAGUCUGACAAUGCAUCGUGGGAAAUAGCCACGGUUAAUCUAAAGGACGAGGGCUUCUACGAGUGUAUUGCAGUCAGCAGUGCAGGAACUGGAAGAGCUCGCACCUUUCUGGAUGUUUCAGAGCCGCCUCCAGCCAUCACAGUCGAGGGAAAUGUAACCUCCAUCCCUGGCUCCCGCGCCGUCCUCACCUGCCACGUUGUUAGCACAGUCAACUUCAACCUCACCUGGCUGAGAGGGGGUCAGGUUGCCCGUCUGGAUUCCAAGGUGCAGGUCCUGACCAACCUCUCGCUGCAGGUGUCCCCUGUGACUCCAGACCACGCUGGCUGGUACGAGUGCAUUGCUAUGAACGAAGGAGGGGUGACUGCAGAGCGAGUUUACCUCAGUGUGCAAGAGGUGCCGAGGGCUUCUGUCGAGCCUCAGAUUCAAACCUUUAUAAGAGGAGAUGAAGUGAGGAUCAGGUGCUCAGCCAGCGGGUACCCUCCACCCCGUCUGGUCUGGACCCACAAUGACAUGUUCAUCAUGGCCUCCAGCAGACACAGGCUGACCCCUGAUGGCACACUGAUUAUAAGAAACAUGGAGCAGAAGGAUGGAGGCGUGUACAGCUGUUUAGCCAGCAACCUGGCUGGAACGGACUCAAUGACGUCCACUCUCACUUACAUUGAAUCCCCUGUGGUGACUGUGGCAUUAAGUGAGAUACUGAUCGGCAUUGGAGAAAGCACAGUUAUGGCCUGCUCAGCCUCUGGAGUCCCUCACCCUGAGAUCUGGUGGUACAAAGGUGAUGUUCAGCUACAUCCAUCAUCCCUCAUGGACAUGGACACACUGGUAGGGACGCUAACCAUCAAGGAGACUCAGAUGGUAGAUGCUGGAGAUUACAGCUGUGUGGCUGUCAAUUCUGCUGGCACCUCAUCAGCAAAGAUCUCCCUUGAUGUAGGAGCUGCACCCAAGUUCACUCGAGAGCCAUCAGAUGUGGCAGCAGACAUCGGCUCCAAUGUGAGCCUACUGUGUCACACACAAGGUUAUCCAGAACCAGAGGUCACCUGGCGAAGAGAGGAUGGACUGGCUCUCUUCAAUAUGUCCCGCACACACGGCACAGUCACAAAGAGCAGGGAAGGCCUACAUAUUACCAACCUGUGGGUGGAGGAUGAGACGGUGUAUAUCUGUGAGGCACAAAACCACUUUGGCAGGAUCCAGACCCAGGCCAGCAUCACCGUGACUGGACUGGUGUUGCCUGUUAUUGCGAGGAGUCCAGCUGUGCUCAGCGUGAUCGAGAACCAGCAGCUGACUCUGCCUUGUGUGCUAUUGGCUGGAAACCCACUGCCAGAGAGCCAAUGGCUACAUAACUACGGCUUGGUGACGUCAGACCAGUAUGUGACAGUGAGGAGAGACGGCAGUCUGCAUAUUGAAAGAGUCCAGCUGGAUGAUGCGGGUGACUUCACCUGUUUGGCGGAAAACGUCGUUGGGGCCACAAACCACACCACCACUGUCAACGUUUAUGUGAUUCCUACCAUUCAGUAUGGCCCUCAAGUUUUCAGCACUGUUGAGGGAACUCCCAUCUCUCUGCCCUGCCGUGCCAGUGGAGUCCCCUCUCCAGACAUCACCUGGGCCAAGGGUGGGAAGCUGCUGUAUUUGGGUGGUCCGGACUUCUCACUUGACUCUGACGGCAGCCUGCACAUCACCUCCCCUUCUGGAAAUGAGACUGGAGAGUUCAUCUGCACAGCUACUAAUGCUGCCGGCUACGCCUCCAGGAAGGUCCAGCUCACUGUCUAUGUACGUCCUAGGUCCAACGUCAACGGUGCUGGAGUCUCAACAGAGCCACUGAGGAUGUCAGUGAUUGAGGGAGAGGAUGCUCUAUUGCCCUGUGAGGUCCACAGUGUCCCACCUCCCACCAUCAGCUGGGCCAAAGAGAGGCAGCUCAUCUCCCCGUUCUCUCCCAGACACACUCAGCUUGCCUCAGGCUCUAUGAAGAUAUUGGAGACCAGAGUCUCAGACAGUGGACUAUAUGUGUGUGUUGCCUCCAACAUCGCUGGAAAUCUCACAAAGUCUUUUGAGCUGAGUGUUUUAGUGCCCCCCAGUAUACAGGCUGGUCCAAAAGUAAUUAAGGUACAGGUGGGCUACCCUGUGGAGUUGCCCUGUGUCGUGCGAGGAGUUCCACUCCCGACUCUGACCUGGACUAAGGAUGGCAACGUUUAUCCAGUGUCUCAUGACGGCAGUCUAGCACUGAGAAGUGUGGGACUGGAUGAUGAAGGAACGUACACCUGCACGGCCACUAACACAGCUGGCAACGACGAGGCACGAGUUCAGCUUCUAGUGCAAGUGCCCCCUGUGGUAGAGGUACUGGAGCCACCCUUCAACAGUCCACUGCAGGAGAGAGUCGCAAACCAGCAAAUUGCCUUCCCUUGUCCUGCCAAAGGCCUUCCCAAGCCUGUGAUUCGGUGGUUGCGUAACGGUCAGGAACUGACUGGUAAUGAGCCUGGUGUGUCCAUCCUGGAGGACGGUACGCUGCUGAUUCUGUCUGCUGUGUCACCGCUGGACAACGGAGAGUACACCUGUGCUGCUGUCAAUGACGCAGGAUCCACUGAGAGGAAAUACCAGCUCAAAGUCAAUGUGCCCCCAGAUUUUCAUAGCGGUGAGACACCGGGCAACGUCACGGUGGUCCUGAGUCAGCCAACCAGCUUGGUGUGUGAUGUCACAGGAAGUCCAACCCCUGUUAUCACCUGGUACAAGGAUGAUUCUCCUGUAGUCGCUGGUAACACCAUCCAGAUACUUGAUAUGGGGAAAACCCUGAGGCUGCUGAAGUCAGACAUGGCAGAUGCAGGCAGCUACAGCUGUAUAGCGAUUAACAUCGCUGGCAGCAAAGAAAAAGAUUUUUUCUUGGAUGUUCUGGUCCCACCGACCAUUGUAGGGUCGGGCCCUCUUCGAGAUGUUUCAGCCAUUCUCAAACAGGAGAUCAGUCUUGAGUGUAAGGUGCAGGGUGUGCCCUUUCCCACAAUCCAGUGGUACAAGGACAGGAAGCUAGUGUUUCUUGGAGAUCCAAAUCUGGAGGUCACAAGCGGAGGUCAGGUUCUGAGGAUAAAAAGUGCCCGUCUUGGGGACCAGGCUCGGUACCAGUGUACAGCCAUGAAUACAGCUGGGAAACAGUCCAAGGACUUCAACCUCAGUGUCUAUGUGCCCCCUUCCAUUAAAGGUAGUAACUUAACCACAGAGGUCACCACCCUGGUGGACACAGCAGUGUCACUGGAGUGUGAGGCGCGUGGCGUGCCCACUCCCACCAUCACCUGGUACCGAAACGGAGAGGCCAUCCUCUCCAACCGACAAGCUCAGUACAUAGAGCGAGGCCGCUACCUGAAGAUCCCUCGUACACAGGCGUCAGAUGCCGGACUGUACACCUGCAAGGUGACCAGUGUGGCUGGGAGUGCUGAGAAGGCCCACAAGCUGGAUAUUUACUUGCCUCCUACCAUUGCAGGCGGGGAUGAUGGACCAACAGAGAGGACAGUGACACUCAGUAAGCCUCUGAUCCUGGACUGCGAGGCUGGGGGACAUCCUCCCCCUUCCCUUACAUGGCUGAAGGAUGGAGUUCCUGUGCGCGAUGGUGAAAGUGUCCGUGUGCUGGAGCAGGGAAGAAAAAUAGAAAUCGUCUUGGCCACUGUUUCAGACUCGGGACGCUACGUCUGCGUGGCUACAAGCAUCGCCGGGGAGAAGGAGGUCAAAUAUGACGUCAGAGUUUUAGUUCCUCCUUUCAUUGAUGGAGCGGAUGACGUGACUGACACCACAGUGAUACUCAGCAGCCCCCUGGAGCUCGAGUGUGAAGCCACGGGAACUCCGGCACCUGUCAUCACGUGGUAUAAGAAUGGAAAGCCGGUCAGACUGGGUGAAGGGUUGCGAGUUGCAGCCAGUGGACGACAGCUGAUUGUGUCCCGUGCUCAAGUCUCUGACACGGCUCGUUUUCAGUGUGUGGCCACUAAUGAAGCAGGGGACCAUGAGAGGGACUUCAAUGUGGUUGUCCAUGUUCCCCCAUCCAUCCGUACCACUGGGCCUGCUGAACGCUCAGUGGUUCUCCACAAGCCUGUAAGCCUGGAGUGCAUCUCCAGUGGUAUUCCUCCUCCAAGCAUUACCUGGAUUAAAGACGGCCGACCAGUGGACACAACACAGGAGCACCUAAAGCUGGAGUCUGCCGGCAGAAUACUGAGGGUCACAGACUCGAGAAUGGAGGAUUCUGGGAGAUACACCUGCUUGGCCACCAAUGCUGCCGGUGAAGCUCAACAGCACAUUCGGCUCAGUGUCCAUGAGCCUCCCAGUAUUCCCUUCUCUGGAGAGAUUAUCAACCAGACCAUCCUGUCAGGCUUUUCCACUGAGCUUGAGUGCAAAGCCACAGGCAGCCCAUUACCUGCUAUCACGUGGUACAAAGAUGGGCGACCCCUGACAAGUGCUGCAGGGGUGAUUAUGCUGAAGCGUGGCCAGGUGCUGGAGAUCGAACGGGCUCAGCUGUCGGAUGCUGGUAUAUACAGAUGUGUAGCCGUUAAUCUGGCUGGAGUUGCAGAGAUAUCCCACAGCCUGCAGGUGUUUGUGCCUCCCAUCAUCUCCAGCCGAGGUGGCACAGUGUCAGUGGUCGUGAAUGAAGCUGCCAGACUGGAGUGCGAGGCCACUGGUGUUCCACUGCCCAGCCUCACGUGGCUCAAAGAUGGCAGUCCAGUGGCGAGUGUGUCACAUGGCAUACAGGUGCUGUCUGGUGGCAGAGUCCUGUCUCUGAGCAGUGCUCAGGUUAGUGACACGGGCAGAUACACAUGUGUGGCUGUCAAUGCCGGUGGAGAACAAAACAGAGAGUACGACCUGCAUGUGUAUGUUCCUCCAAACAUCAAGGGUGAGGAGGUGAAUGCCACAGUGCUGCUUGGUCGUCCCGUGGAGCUGCACUGCCAGAGCGAUGCGAUCCCUCCACCUACUCUCUCCUGGCGCAAAGAUGGCCGCCCGCUGUUUAGGAAGCCUGGUCUGACUGUUUUGGCAGAUGGGAGUUUGCUUAAGAUCGAUAGUGCUCAGGUGCAGGAUUCAGGCCGGUACACCUGUGAAGCCACAAAUGUUGCCGGGAAGACAGAGAGGAACUAUAAUCUUAAUGUUUGGGUUUCUCCCAGUAUCCGUGGUUCAGAGGAGGUGUCUCCUCGGAUAGUGACUGAAGGAAGUCUCAUCACGCUGGUGUGUGAGUCCAGUGGCAUACCCCCUCCAAGCCUUACCUGGAGAAAAGAUGGUUCUGAGCUCAAGUCAGACCAACGGCUCAGAGUUUUGUCAGGAGGUCGUCAGCUGCAGAUCGCCAGCGCUGAGAGGACAGAUGCAGCUUCCUACUCCUGCACAGCCUCCAGUGCAGCCGGCACCACUUCUAAGGAGUACAGCUUGCAGGUUUAUGUCCGUCCUUCCAUCAAACGCAGCGAAAACGACAACGUUAUCGUGACAAAAGGUGGUGACGUGACCCUUCAGUGUGCUGCGGAGGGCGUGCCACGACCAGCAGUCACGUGGCUCAAAGAUGGACGUCCCAUCACAGGCCAACGCGGUGCGAAGGUUCUGAAUGAGGGACGACUUUUACAGAUUAAGGAUGCAAAGGUGUCAGACACAGGACGCUACACCUGCAUCGCUGUAAAUGUAGCAGGGCAGGCUGACAGCAAGUAUGACAUCAGUGUACAUGUUCCACCAAGUAUAGUGGGUCAGGUAGAGCUGCCAGAAAAUGUGAGUGUUGUUGUGAAGAACCCAGUUGCUCUAAACUGCGAGGCCUCUGGCAUUCCCCUUCCUGCCAUUUCUUGGCUGAAGGACGGUCGGCCAAUCAAAGCUUCCAGCUCCGUGCGCAUUUUGUCAGGUGGACGAAGCCUGCGUCUAAUGCACGCUGCAGUAGAGGAUGCUGGGAGAUACACCUGUAUUGUGUCUAACAGUGCCGGAGAAGAAAGGAAAAACUUUGACAUUGAUAUUCUUGUCCCACCGAGCAUUGUGAAUGAGGGAACCGUGGUGGACACUAAAGUCAAGGAGAAACACAACAUUACUCUCACCUGUGAGGCAUCAGGUAACCCUGUACCGGAGAUCAAAUGGCUGAAAGAUGGACAGCCACUGGUGCCUGACAGACACCACCAAGUUUUCUCUCAUGGCCGUUUCCUACAGAUCUCUGGAGCCCAGGUUGCAGACACGGGCAGGUACAGCUGCCGGGCCUCCAACAGUGCAGGGGAUCGCAGCAGGCAUUUCAACCUCAAUGUUCUGGUUUCUCCCACUAUUGUUGGGUUGGGUUCAGAUAGUUCUACAGAGGAGGUGACAGUAACUUUGAGCAGCCCCACCUCUCUCGUGUGUGAAGUCCAGUCCUACCCUCCUGCACUCAUCACCUGGCUCAAAGAUGGCACUGUGUUUGAGUCCAGCCACAAUGUCCGAGUGCUGCCAGGUGGUCGAACCCUACAGAUUCUUAAUGCCAAAGAAGAGGAUGCUGGGAGAUAUACCUGUGUGGCCACGAAUGAAGCUGGAGAGACGCUGAAGCACUAUGAGGUCAAGGUUUAUGUUCCACCACAGAUUAAUAAAAAUGAUAUCCCAGGGGAAGGACUGACCCCCAAAGAGGUCAAGAUCAAGGUCAACAGCACUUUGACCCUGGAGUGUGUGGCAGAGGCCUUUCCUACUCCAGCACUACAGUGGUUUAAGGACGGACAGAUCUUGCGGGCCGACAACCAUGUGUCCAUCACAGCCAAUGGUCGCAUUGUUCAGAUCAAGCACGCUCAGGUGUCAGACACUGGCCGUUACACCUGUGUAGCCACUAAUAUAGCUGGAGAGGAUGAGAAGGACUUUGAUGUAAAUAUACAAGUGCCACCUAAUUUUUCCAGGCCUGGUGGAGAUGGUGAUACCACUUCUCCUCAAGGUUUUGGAGGAGAUGUGCGAGACGUAAUUCUCAACAAUCCCAUCUCUCUGUAUUGUGAGACCAAUGCUGUGCCUCCUCCUACACUCACCUGGUUCAAAGAUGGACACAUGCUCACCUCUAGUGAUAAAGUCCUGAUUCUACCAGGUGGACGAGUGUUGCAGAUUCCCAGGGCCCAGGCUGAAGAUACAGGCAGAUACACAUGUGUAGCUGUCAACGAAGCGGGAGAAGACUCCAUUCAGUACGAUGUCAGAGUAUUAUUACCUCCAUCGAUACGGGGAGCAGACGACGACUUACCCGAUGAGGUCACAGUCCUGCUUAACAAAACUACCCAAUUGGAGUGUCAUGUGGAUGGAAACCCCGCCCCAAAGAUCACAUGGUUUAAGGAUAACCAGCCAAUAAGCUCUAAUGGUCCACAUAGAAUAUUGUCCAAUGGGAGAAUACUUCAGGUGUCAACUGCUCAGGUAUCUGACACGGGGCGCUACGUGUGUGUGGCCAACAAUGUGGCUGGAAGUGCAGACAAAUUGUUCAACCUCAAUGUUCAUGUGCCUCCCAACAUCAUCGGUCCAAGUCGUGAGAAUGUAACAGCAGUGGUGAACAACUUUGUGUCCCUCACUUGUGAAGCUACUGGUUUCCCUCCUCCUUCCCUGAGUUGGCUGAAUGAAAGGGGCCCAAUCCAAGGCAACACCAAUGCACUCAUCAUGCCAGGUGGUCGUACACUGCAGAUUCUGAAAGCAAAAGUAUCUGAUGCAGGAAAAUACAGCUGUGUGGCCAUGAACGCAGCAGGAGAGGCUUACAAAAACAUAUAUCUCACUGUUUUCGUCCCUCCCAGUAUCCGUGACAGCAGUGGGGAGUCUCCCGUGGUGGUGAAUGUGCUUGUAGGGAAAUCAGUCACCUUGGAGUGUGAGUCCAAUGCUGUACCUCCUCCCACCAUCACUUGGUACAAGAACGGCAGGUUGGUGACCGAAUCAGCCAACCUGCGCAUCCUGGCAGAGGGGCAGAUGCUUGAGAUCAAAGAAUCAGAGGUGUCUAACACAGGACAAUACGUAUGCAAAGCCACCAAUGUUGCAGGUCAGAUGGACAAGAUCUUCCACCUGAAUAUUUAUGUUCCUCCCAGUAUUGAUGGUCCAGCAGAAGAGAAUGUGGUGGAAACCAUUAGUAACCCAGUCACUUUUUCCUGUGAUGCCACUGGUAUCCCUCCCCCCAGCCUCACUUGGUUGAAGAAUGGGCGACCCAUAGAGAAUUCAGACUCUCUGGAGAUGCACAUCUUCUCAGGGGGCAGCAAGCUUCAGAUUGCACGAACGCAGCUUCCUGACAGUGGCGUGUACACGUGUUUGGCCUCCAAUGUGGAGGGUGAAGCACGCAAGAGCUACCACCUCAUCAUACAAGUGCCUCCCAGUAUCUCUGGAUCAGAGCUGCCAAGUGAGAUGGGAGUUCUGCUCAAUGAAAGCAUCCAGCUGGUCUGUCGAGUCCAGGGAACCCCAACUCCAACAAUCCAGUGGUUGAAGGAUGGGGAAGUCAUUAAGAGUGGAGGAAGCAGAGGCCUCAGGAUCAGUCCAGACAGCAGCAUACUCAGUGUGACCAGAGCUCACACCACUGACAGUGGCAAAUACACCUGUGUGGCCAACAAUUCUGCAGGAGAAGAGGACAGGAUAUUUAAUCUAAAUGUGUAUGUGCCUCCUGUAAUAGUUGUUAACAGUGAGACAGUUGAGGGGUUGACUGCAGUUCUGGACAGUUCAGUCAACAUUGAGUGUGUUGCCGUGGGCUCUCCUCCUCCUCAGCUCAACUGGCUGAGGAAUGGCCUCCCCCUGCCAGUCUCCUCCCAUAUACGGCUCCUCUCUGCUGGACAGGUGCUACGGAUAACGCGCACCCAGGUGUCCGAUGGUGGUAUCUACACCUGUGUUGCAUCAAACAGGGCUGGAGUGGACAACAGACAUUACAGCCUACAGGUGUAUGUCCCUCCCAGUCUGGAUGGAGCAGGGAGCACAGAGGAUGUAACUGUGGUCAGAGGAAAUGUAGCUUCCAUGCUGUGUGUUGCUGACGGAACCCCGACCCCAACCGUGUCCUGGAUCAAAGAGGACGCGUUUCUAGUUCCUGAUCGUCACCUCCUAUUUCUCAACCUGAAUACAACUGUACAGAUCAUCCAGGCCCAGGUGGAGGACACAGGAAGCUACACAUGUGUGGCUAACAACACUGCAGGUCAAGCAAGCCGCCACUUUAACCUGAAAGUGCUGGACCCACCACGCAUCAAAGGUUCAGGUGCACCAACAGAAGUAUCUGUGGUGGUAAAUAAUGUUCUAGAGCUUCAGUGCGAGGCUUCAGGUAUCCCCACUCCCUCUCUGACCUGGCUAAAGGACGGUCGUCCUCUUCCACAGACGGACAGUCUGCGCCUCCUGCGGGGAGGAGAAGUCCUCCGCGUGGCUUCUGCACAGUUGGAGGACACAGGCAGAUACAGUUGCUUGGCCAACAGUCCAGCAGGAGAUGAUGACAAAGAGUUCCAGGUUCGAGUGCAUGUCCCGCCCAACAUCGUGGGAGAGAGCACACCUCACAAUAUCUCAGUGCUGCAGAGCAGACAGGUGACUCUCGAGUGCAAGUCUGAUGCCGUUCCACCUCCAACUCUGGCCUGGCUAAAAGACGGCCAACCACUGCAGGCUUCUGCCCGAGUGCGUAUUCUGUCAGGCGGUCGUUACUUACAGAUCAACAUGGCUGAGCUUAGCGACAGAGCUCAGUACACCUGUGUGGCGAGUAACAUCGCUGGCAAGACGACGCGACACUUUAACUUGGCUGUUAAUGUGGCCCCAACUAUCAAGCAAGGUUCGCAGACGGUGUCAGUACUCAUCAGCAAUCCAGCUGUGCUUGAGUGUAUCGUUAGUGGUGUCCCGCCGCCUCGUGUAACCUGGAGGAAACAUGGUGCAAUAUUGGCAGGAAACAACCCAAGGUACACAGUUGCAGAGGAUGGUUCUUUACACAUCCUCUCUGCUCAGGUGACUGACACAGGCCGAUACCUGUGCAUGGCAACAAAUCAGGCCGGGACUCAGCGUAAAAGAGUGGAUCUACAGGUUUAUGUUCCUCCUUCCAUCACUGACGGACGCACCAACGUAACAGUCACGGUCAACGUUCAGACAACUUUGUCUUGUGAGGCCAGCGGCAUCCCCAAACCCACUGUCAGCUGGACAAAAAACGGCCACGCCAUAAAUACUGACCAGAACCAGAAUAUGUACAGAUUACUGUCAUCAGGCUCCCUUGUAGUUAUAGCACCCACAGUUGAGGACACAGCAGUGUACAAGUGUGUGGUCUCUAAUGAGGCCGGGGAACACUCCAGAUCCAUCCACCUCACUGUACAUGUUCCUCCAUCAAUCGCAGAUGAACCCACAGAGCUUACUGUAAUCAGACUGUCCCCAGUGGUCGUCGCCUGUACUGCAUCUGGUGUCCCAGAGCCCUCAAUCCACUGGAGCAAAGAUGGAAUGAAGCUACCCAAAGAGGGACAAGGAUACAGCAUUCUGCCCACAGGUCCAGUAGAGAUUACCUCAGCUGAGCUCGGUCAUGCUGGACACUACACGUGCACGGCGAACAACGCCGCGGGCUCCACCCAGCGCCACGUACAUCUCACAGUGCAGGAGCUCCCAGCGAUUCAAUCCCACCCUCCCACCUUAGAUGUUAUCCUCAAUAACCCUGUCACUCUGCCCUGCUGGGCCACAGGCUCACCCAGGCCCACCAUCACCUGGCAGAAGGAGGGCAUCAACAUACCGACCACAGGUGGUUCUUUCACUGUGCUGCCUAAUGGAAGUCUGCAGAUCUCCAAGGCUGCUCUUUCAGACUCUGGCACAUACAUAUGUGUGGCUCAAAACCCGGCUGGCACUGCACUGGGGAAGACAAAACUCAAAGUACAAGUGCCUCCAGUGAUCAGCUCAGAGACUCGAGAGUACCUGGCACCUGUAGACUCCUCUGUGAUGCUGCAGUGUCAGGCCGAUGGCUCUCCUCCUCCCUCUGUCACAUGGCAUAAAGACGGGCAGCAGCUGAGUGAAUCUGUGCGAGAGCGUGUUCUCAGUUCAGGCUCUCUGCAGAUCACCUUCCUCCAGCCCAGUGAUACUGGACGUUACACAUGCACUGCGGCCAAUGCAGCGGGAACUGUCAGCCUUGGGAUGAGCCUGACUGUACAGAUCCCUCCCUCCAUUCGUGGUGAAGAUCAAGAGGUAGAGGUGGUGGAAAACACCCAGGCCCAGCUGCUGUGUGUGGCGGAGGGCGUCCCUCAGCCCAGUCUGUCCUGGGAGAAGGACGGACAUUCCCUCAGUGAGAGCACAGCAGAGUACACAAUCCUGCCCUCUGGAGAGCUGGUCAUAGACAUAGCUCAGCCCUAUGACGCCGGCAGUUAUACAUGUGUUGCCACUAAUGCAGUCGGCCGGGACAGUCGGACAUUUGUACUGUCAGUUCAUACGCACCCAGUCUUCACCGAGCUGCUCGGAGAUGUGGCGCUCAGCAAAGGAGAACGCCUCCUGCUGGCCUGUGGCGUCAGUGGCAUCCCGCCACCAAGAAUCACAUGGGUCUUCAACAACAACAUUGUCCCAGUUCACCAUGACCAUAUGAACGGCCACAGUGAGCUGGUAAUAGAGAGAGUGAGUAAAGAAGAUUCUGGCACUUAUACCUGCGUGGCAGAAAACAGUGUUGGAACCAUCAAGUCACUGGGCUUUGUAUAUGUUAAAGAGCCUCCGAUCAUUGACGGCGAUCCUCACUCUAACCGAAUUGAGCCUCUGGGUGGAAAUGCCAUCCUAAACUGUGAGGUGCGAGGAGACCCACUGCCAAUCAUCCAGUGGAGUAAAAACGGAAUAAACAUCCAGAUCAACAACCGAAUCCGUCAGCUAGACAAUGGCUCUCUGGCGAUCUAUGGCACAGUGGGUGAAGAUGCAGGAAACUACAUGUGCGUGGCAACAAAUGAUGCUGGAGUGGUUGAAAGAAGUGUCACACUUACCUUGCAGAGGGCACCCACUAUCAUUGUGGAGCCAUCUGAGACAGUGGUGGAUGCUGGCACCACAGCUGUGCUCUACUGCCAGGCAGAGGGUGAACCUACACCCAUGAUAGAGUGGUCCCGCCAGGGGCGCCCACUUCUGGGCACCGACCGCUUCUCCACUCUGACCGACGGUUCCCUCAGGAUCAGCAGUGCUCAGAAGGAGGACACAGCUGAAUAUGAAUGUGUGGCCAGAAACCUACUCGGCUCUGUGCUGGUCAGGGUCACUCUGACUGUACGAGUACAUGGGGGAUACUCGGAGUGGGCUGAGUGGGCUCCUUGCAGUGUGUCCUGUGGUGUUGGGACUCAGAAGAGGCUAAGACAGUGUAACACCCCAUUACCCGCCAAUGGAGGGCGCCACUGUGAAGGAUUAGAUCUAGAAAUGCGCAGUUGUCAAGGAAAACCUUGUCCAGUGGAUGGUAACUGGGCAGAGUGGUCUCUCUGGGAGGAGUGUUCUCGCUCCUGUGGUCAGGGCAACAGGACCCGGAUCCGCACCUGCAGUAACCCUCCAGUUCAGCACGGAGGCAGGCCUUGUGAGGGGAAGGCAGUGGAGGUCAUCAUGUGCAGUGUCAGACCUUGUCCAGUGGCAGGCAACUGGGGGUCCUGGCUACCAUGGAGCCCCUGCAGUGAGACCUGUGGUAAAGGAAUGCAGUCCAGGAUCAGGCUGUGCAAUAACCCUCCUCCUGUUUUUGACGGGCCACAGUGUGAGGGCACAGACACCCAAACACAAGUGUGCAAGGAGAGGCCGUGUCCUGUGGAUGGAAAGUGGUCAUCCUGGGUGAGUUGGGGAGCCUGCAGUGUUUCCUGUGGAGGUGGCACCAGACAGAGGACACGGCUCUGCGCCAGCCCCGCCCCUCAUCAUGGUGGCAGGCAAUGUGAGGGCAACGACGUGCAUAUUGACUUCUGUAACAGCGAGCCGUGCCCCAUCAAUGGUAAUUGGGGUCCAUGGAGCAGCUGGGGCAGCUGUAGCAAGACAUGCAAUGGAGGACAGAUGAGGCGCUACAGGACAUGUGACAACCCCAGACCUGCUAAUGGUGGUAGAGCAUGUGCUGGUGCAGACACGCAGAUCCAGAGAUGCAGCACAGCAAACUGCCCUGUCGAUGGUAACUGGGGUUCAUGGCAGCCAUGGGGUCAAUGCUCUGCCUCUUGUGGAGGUGGAGCGAGGACACGCGUGCGACUCUGCAACCGCCCGUCUCCUAGUAAUGGUGGCCGUCUGUGUCCAGGAGACUCCUCACAACUCUCCAGGUGUAAUAAUCAGGCCUGCCCAGGUGGGCCCCAGAAGGCAAGAGGAAGCAUCAUAGGAAACAUCAAUGAUAUUGAAUUUGGCAUCGCUAUCCUCAAUGCCACCGUCACAGAGAACAAGUCUGGCAGCAGAAUCAUCAAGGCUACUAUUACUAAUGUACCAAGGACAUUAGGUCCUGCCAUGAGGAAGCUCAUCUCCAUUUUAAAUCCUGUUUACUGGACCACAGCAGAGGAGGUAGGAGAGGCUGUCAACGGCUACACGCUGACAGGAGGUGUCUUCAGGCGAGAGACACAGGUGGAGUUUGCUACAGGUGAGAUCCUGAGGAUGACCCACAUUGCUAGAGGCCUGGACUCCGAUGGAGCAUUGUUGCUGGACAUUGUUGUGAAUGGACACAUUUUACAGUUGCCCUCACAUGCUGACAUCAGCAUCAAGGACUACACAGAGGAUUACAUCCAGACAGGACCAGGGCAGCUGUAUGCUCUGUCCACUCGCAUGUUCAGCAUCGACAGACAGAGUGUGCCCUACUCCUGGAACCACACCAUCACCUAUGAUCUGUCCAAAGGCAAGAUGCCCUACCUGGUAGAGACGCUUCAGGCCUCAGCCAUCAGUGCUCUAUACCACCCUCUGGAGGAGGUGUUGGAGUACAGCAUUCAAGCUAGUAUCACCAAAGGUGAUCGCAGUAACCAGUGUCCUCAAGGUUUCACUUUGGUGUCUGCUGGGCCCUACUGUACUGAUGAGAACGAGUGUGCGGUUGGGAAUCCAUGUUCUCACACUUGCCACAAUGCCAUGGGCACAUACUACUGCUCCUGUCCCAGAGGGCUCACAAUCUCUGCUGAUGGCAGGACCUGUCAAGACAUUGAUGAGUGUUCACUGGGUGGGAACGUGUGUCACGAUGGACAGGACUGUGAGAACACUAUUGGUUCUUACCGCUGUGUCAUGCGUUGUGGGCGUGGCUUCAGGAGAACAGCUGACAGUCUCAGCUGCACAGAUGUGAACGAGUGUCAAGAGUCUAGUCCAUGUAACCAACACUGUCUCAACACCAUUGGGAGUUAUCGCUGUGCAUGUGAGCCAGGAUUUCAACUCAGGAACCGACGCUGUAUCGAUAUAAACGAGUGCAGACAGAGGGUUUGCCGUUCAGAUCAACAGUGUAAAAACACGCGGGGUGGUUACACCUGUAUUGACCUGUGUCCCAAUGGAUUGACCAAAGGUGCCAACGGGACAUGUGUAGACAUUGAUGAGUGCAGAGAUGGCACACAUCAGUGCAGAUACAACCAGAUUUGUGAGAACACCAGAGGAAGCUACCACUGCACUUGUCCACGUGGCUACAGAUCUCAGGGAGUUGGACGGCCUUGCCUCGAUAUAAAUGAGUGUGAGCGGCUUCCACAGCCCUGUGCCCACCAGUGCAUCAAUACUCCUGGCAGCUUCAAGUGCACCUGCCCGCCCGGGCGCCACCUGCUCGGUGAUGGCAAAUCCUGCGCUGGCCUGGAGCGUCUGCCCAGCUAUGAAAGUUACUCAUUCGGCUACCGCACGUCUCAGUCCUCUUCUGAACGUAGCUCCUACCAACAGCUCUACCACAACUUGGCCUCUCAGAGCUUCCACUCCUACGGCGCUGCCACAAGGGGGCGCUACAGGAGCCGUAGCCGCAGAGAGAUUGGCACACAUUCCUCACAGCAGGGCCUCCUUGGUUGUCAUGAAGGGUUUAAGUCCCAGGGUGGACGCUGUAUAGACAUCAAUGAGUGUGAGGUGAGGGAUGCCUGUCAGCACGAGUGUAUGAACACACCAGGGAGCCACAGGUGUCUCUGUCCUCUCGGUUACCGCCUCAUGACCAAUGGCAAGACCUGUCAAGAUAUCGACGAGUGUCUGGAGCAGAACAUCCAGUGUGGAGCGAACCAAAUGUGCUUCAACAUGAGAGGAAGUUACCAGUGUAUCGAUACACCCUGUCCACCAAACUACCAGAGGGAUUCAGCCACAGGGUUCUGUCUGAAGAACUGUCCACCAAACGACCUGGAGUGCACGCUGAGCCCUUACGCGCUGGAGUACAAGCUGUUGUCGCUUCCCUUCGGCAUUGCGGCCAAUCAGGACCUGAUCAGGCUGGUAGCCUACACACAGGACGGCGUGAUGCACCCCAGAACCACGUUCAUAGUGGUGGACGAGGACGUCACGCUACCAUUUGCGCUGCGAGACGAGAACCUGAAGGGAGUGCUGUUCACGACGCGGGCCUUACGAGAGCCCCACACGUACCGCAUGAAGGUCCGAGCCCUCUCCUUCAGUGAGGACGGAGGCAUCGAGUACCAGACGACCUUCAUUGUCUACAUCGCUGUCUCCGCCUACCCCUACUGAUAGCACUUUAAUCGAUGUGAGGCAGAGAAAACGCUGAGAGCAGCAACCCUGGUGCGAGUGAGUGGGUGUGGUUGUUGAAAGAGACCACGUCAUUAAAACAGACUUGAGAAAAAGACUAUUUCUGAGAGUGUGUGAGAGAGAGAGGUCAGUGACAGCCAAAGGGGAUUAACAGGAGACUGGGAUCAAACUGGCUAUUCUUCAGCUUUAAUCCUGCAAAACUCAUAUCAGUCUGUCAGGAUUGUCAUUCAAAUAUUUUCAUAUUUUGUCAAAUUUUAUUUAUAAGGUAAACAAGAUGUUGCCCCUCAAAGCACAAACGUCCACCACUGGCUCAGAGAGCACGCUUCAACCCUCCUCAAGAAAUGUUUUGCUAGUCUCUUAUUUACAUCUACCUAUUAUUAACUUAUUGGGAAAUGCUUGAACAUGUUCCCACGUGUGUUUAUCCCUCCUGUAAAUUGGUCACGAGUGGAGCUGUGACCGGUCAGAUAUGGUGCUCACUGAUGGUCAUUGACCGUCGUCCUAUCGUACGUCCUCAGGUAUCGGCUCAUCAUACCUACAGUUAGAAAUCCUAUCAGCCAGUACAUCGUGUGCCAUAAUGAUCCACCCAGUAGUUGAUACCAAGAUGUAUUUUAUUUUUUAUGACUUGUACAUACGUUUCCUUUCUCGUGUUUUGCUGUAUUUUACUUAAUCUAUCCAUUUUGUAAUAAAAAUGUAAUAAAUGAAUAUACACUGAA